UGGCGGAACGAUGGUAACUGAAUUUUUUGUCCUUGGAGAAGACGAGAUCCUUCGAGAAUACUUCAUUUAAAUGCUGCUAUGUCUGGUUUUAAGAUCUAUUUUCUCUACUGAAACAUUGCUUAAAAACCUGUUGAUACUUCUGCUGUAAAGCAAAGGUUCAUUUCUUCUCCUGAGUCGUAAAAAAUGUCAUCAGAGUACGGCAGGUGGACAAAGUCUUCUUCUAAAACACCAGAUUCCUUUUGGUUUAGGGAUCAAACUAGCACUAAAUGGAGUCCUAAAAGCGAUGAUUCAGACCCAAACUUUGAAUCUGACGAAGAGAACGUAGCAAUGGAGACAGAUUGCAUGRUGGACAUCAAGAAUUUAAGCGGGACAAACAGUCAAGGACCAAAGUUUAUCCUUAAAACUCCUUUGUUAUCAAGUGUGAUGGCCAGCAAUGCUCAACAGAAAUCUCCUCAGUAUAAUAGCAAGUAUACUCUCUCAGGAGCGAGCUCUAAAUCUCUUGUAGUUGGCAGACCUAUGAGAGCUGUAGGACUUAAAGACAUUGACUUGACGAAAAAUGCCAGAGCUGAAGAGUUAAGACGAGCUAAARUAGCAAAUAGAUGUCAAGAUAAUAGGAGUAUAAUAAAUCCGAUAUCACAUUACUCUACACKAUCCCUCCCUUGGCCCAAARAAAAGGAGAAAAGCAAACCAAGUGGUCACCAUAGAAACAUCUAUGGGAUUAAUAAUGUUGKCAUUGAUGAUGAURAUGRUAUUCCMAAYACACCUCCMCCGGAGUAUAGCACUCUAGCCCUUCCAUGGAACGAAAGCUUACCUGAUAUUACUAUUGAUAGYAAAGGAUCCAAUGUUAGGACUCAAAAUAGCCAACAAUCCAAGUUAAUGUUGUAUUCAGAAUUCAUUGUAGAAGAUGAAAAGUGUGAUGGAAAACUCMAAAACCAAGGACAAAAUGAUGUAAUAGAAAUUACUGAUGAUGAGGAUAAUGAUUCUAUUACCACUUCGUUUUAUGAAGACUGUAAAAGUACCCUUGAUAAUCAGUUGCCAUGCCGACAGCGCCACAUGGAAAAUAAGCAUCCAUCUAAUGGGUCUAGCUUAAACUAUUUUAGUGAUGAUGAUGAUGAUGACAARAUGGAAGGUACAAAGCCAUCUAAAGAUCAAUAUGAAGCUACAAYGAAUGUGGAUAAAUCACUACAGAUUGAAAAACAAGCAAAAAUAAUAAUAUUCAGCUUGCUAGGGUUAUUCAUAGUAAUGAUAUCUUAUUUACAUCUAAAUUCCAAUCCUCUUGGCUUGUGUCUUCAAAGUGAGUUUCAGGUCAACCUCACAGGRCUUGAAAAAGAUCUUCAACAAGAAUUCUAUGGACAGCACCUUGCAAGAAGGGUGCUGCUAUCAUCAUUAAAGAGCCACGUCCAAGGAAAGAGAAACAAACCAUUGGUAUUGUCACUACAUGGCUGGACAGGGACAGGAAAAAACUACGUCAGCAGAAUCAUUGCCAAACAUCUCUUCAAAYAUGGAGCUCAGAGUAGUUAUAUUCACAAGUUUAUUGUCCCACUACAUUUCCCACAUGUUGGUGAUGUUAAAAUCUACAGGCAACAACUGAGACAAUGGAUCAUUGGAAAUGCUACUGAGUGCAACAAAGGAGGCCUGUUUAUUUUUGACGAGAUGGAUAAGGUUCCAGAUGGGCUUGUGAGCAUMUUGAAGCCAUUUCUUGAUACAAGAGGAUUGAAAUCUUCUCUUAACUUGAAUAAAUUUGUUUUUCUUUUUCUUUCCAAUUCUGGUGGACAACUGAUAAACAAAUAUGUAUUAGACCAUUACAAACAAGGAUAUGCAAGAGAGACUAUUGACCUUGUCAGCCUCGAAGGGCUACUACACAGAUAUGCAGAGACAAAUCCAAAUGCAUGGUACAAUGAACUUCUAAAAUCUGAAGUGAUAGACUACUUUGUUCCAUUCCUACCACUGGAGAGAUCUCAUGUAAAACAAUGUGUACGCAGAGACAUGAAGACCAAAGGAUAUAUUGUACUAGAGAGGAUGGUCACUGAUGUAACAGAUGAGAUGAGUUAUUUUCCUCAGGACUUUCAACUUUUUUCAACUUCUGGUUGUAAGAAGGUUUCAUCUAAAGUUGAUGUAGCCAUGGGAUGAAUUCAACAAUGCUAACAAUAAUUUGUGUUAAAAUCCUUUCACAGUUCCUAAAGAUUUUUUAUGUGAUGUCAUAAGGAUUUCAGAAAUGGGGCAAUUAAACUCCAUUCACAGUUACUGUUUAACAAUACAAUAGUUUUUAAAAAACUAUAUUUUGCAAGAGGAUACAAAUAGAUGAGUAUAAUUUAUAACAGUUCCACAAUAAUUUUUUUCUUUAAUU